AUGUCGGCAUCUCCUGAAGCAUCGGAAUCUGCUCGGCAAGCGCGCGCCACGGACUCGCCCCCGCCUGCCUCGCCGCGCCUUGAGACGGAAGCUAAGCAUGACAAUGACGAUGACAGCCAGAAAGAUCAAGCCGAAAAGAAGCAAGACCAGCAUGAAUCUGAAGAAUUGAAGGAAGUUGCAUCAACUCCCAAAGCAGAUGAAAUCGAGGAAGGCGAACUGACCGCGCCACCGCUCCCCGAUGAGAUUCCACCCCCACUGCCCGCCGAGGCCCCGCCCCAACCCGAUGACGAUGGAUGGGAACCUGUGUGGGAGCCCAGCGCGCAAGCUUACUAUUUCUACAACCGUUUCACUGCAAUCUCGCAAUGGGAGAACCCCCGUGUUCCGCAAGUCCCAGUUGCGCCUGGAACCGAAGACAACCAUGAACAGGCACUUCCGCAGAAGGAACCCGUGCUGGGUGGCUACAAUCCCGCGAUUCACGGCGACUAUGAUCCCACUGCAGACUAUGCGAAGUACUAUGAAGCGCAGGAGGAGCCCACAGCCGUAGCUGGAAUGGACCCGUCUGCUGCGUACGCCGCUACCGGCACGUUCAACCGUUUCACUGGACGUUGGCAGGCAGCAUCGAUCAAUCCUGAGAAUCACAAUGACGAGAAUAAGUCGCGCCGACAGAUGGGUGCUUUCUUUGACGUUGAUGCCGCGGCAAACAGCCACGACGGUCGUAGCUUGCGCGCAGAGCGCAGCGCACGCAAGCUGACUAGUGGAGAGGUGAAGAAGUUCAAGGCGAAGCGUCGUGAAAAGAAGGAAGAGAAGCGGCGGGCUUGGCUCCGGGACUAG